ACUGCCUUUGUGGUGAUGACUUGGGGCAGUGAUCUAUAUUAACAACUUCAGACGUUUCCUUUCUUACUACCUAAAAUCUGAUUAUAACUAUACACUCCUAGUUUCAAUUCCCAGUUCAACUACACAAAGCUAACUGCAUUAACCAUGGCAUCCGGUAUCUUCAAAUACACCCCAAUAGACAGAUCCAGCCGCCAAAUUAGACUAUUGAAAUUUAUUCCUAACGUAGGUCUAGGGGAUAAUUUGAUUCGAUGCUACCUCGAAACAUACGAAAUAUCUCAAUGUCCCAGUUUUAUCGCGCUCUCUUAUACAUGGGGGGAGGAUUCUCCUGGCCACAAAAUAACACUUAACAGAAGACCCUACUUCGUACGCGAUAAUCUGUGGGCUGUCCUUUGCGUCUUAAAGAGUCUUAUUAGACCUGAUCUUGAGCCAACAAAUAUGCCCUCAAUAACGGGAAGCAUGCCCAUAGACCAACAAUUUAACUCCAAGAAGUUGUGGAACAGGUUUUGGGUCGAUGCUAUAUGUAUAAACCAACAAGGCGACUUUGAACGUGGUCAUCAAGUCAACAUGAUGAGAGACAUCUUCUCUUCCGCAGAUUCAGUCAUUGCUUGGCUCGGGCCCGAAUACGACGAUUCCAAUUUGGCUAUGCACAGCUUGUUUCACCUCCCCGAUCGUGAUUGGUGUCCGGGAUACUGGGGAGAAUACGAACAAGAAUUAAAGAAAUCUGAAAAGGCUAUUGCGAACCUCUUUAUGCGCCCAUAUUGGUCGAGAAUGUGGAUUAUUCAGGAAUUUAUACUUCCGUCACACAUCUUUAUACUAUGUGGGCAGUUAAGCUUCUGGCGGUCGGACUCCUGGCUUAAUUUUACUAGACUUCCGGAAACGGCAACAGAACAAAAAGUAGUAGGAAAGAUACUACCUGGCUACAGGUCUUACUGGCGAAGCUGUUCUCCCUACUAUCACCAGAGGAUUCUGCACCUGCUACUAUCAACUUUCUCAAAAUGGUCUUGCUCUGAUCCUAGGGAUAAGGUCUUUGCCUUAUUGGGGUUAAUAGGGGAUAUAACUUCUUUAUCCAUUCCUAGACUAUAUCCCAGAACCCCAGUCCCUCUUCUAGCCGAUUAUACUAUUUCUCCGAGGGAAUUAUAAUACAAAACUUUGUAUCAUCUUCACCCUUUCGUGGGAAACGACGGCGCUUAUUUCAGGGAGCUCUUAAGCGACUCCUUACAAGUUGCGAA